AUGUGCUCAACAUGGGACCCCAGUGCACCCGCUGUUCUAUUGGACCAUUUUGGAAUCGAUUGGUUCACAAACUCGGGAACCCUUCAACUGGCAACCAAGAAGCAAGACUUCGAGACUGUAAAGAUGUUGGUGGAAGCCGGAGCCAAUGUAAACGAAAGUGUGGAAGACUGGAAUCGUGAUAUUCGGGAAAAUCGGGCAGCGCCCUUGCCAGCAUUGCAUAUGGCAGUGUAUGCAAAAUCCGAAAAGAUGAUCCGAUACUUGAUAGAUCAUGGGGCAAAAUUGCCUCGCAAGGACAUUGAAGAUCCGUACAACCUGACUCCACAGGAAUUCAAACCCUUUAACCAACUGGUUGUCGAGCUUGGUGGCGUUGAAUAG